AUGUCAACGCUAAGAAGGAACUGGUUUUCGGCUCGAACGAGUUUAUUUUUGUCCCGCCCCGCAGGAUUUUCCAUUUUCCGUCAGCACACAUAUACGCAACGUCCGGCACUUGUUAAUCCAAAGACUUAUCUUUCUCAGCGAUUUUAUUCCGCCGAUACUACUCUUUCUCGUAGUAACAUUGAAACUAGGAUUAUUGAUAUACUUAAAUCAUUUGAUAAAGUUGAUCCCACAAAGGUAACUCUUCAAGCGAGGUUCGCCGAUGAUCUUGGGUUGGAUAGCUUAGAUACUGUGGAGGUUGUCAUGAACAUUGAAGAGGAUUUUUCGAUUGAAAUUCCAGAUAAAGAUGCUGACGAAAUUCGAUCGAUCAAAGAUGCCGUGGAUUAUAUUUCCAAACGCGAGGACGCUCAUUAA